AUGACAGGCGUCUCUGUGCAAUCAGCUCGAUGGAUGAAAUACUUCAGUGAUGUCUAUGGAAAUCCAAAGCCACCUGUUCUGGGCUCUUUCGGAGUGAAAGAGAUAGAGGAGAAAGCCCGGGAGGUAAUGAAAGACCAUCUCCCGGCAUACAUGUACACGUUUGGGAGUGCGGGAACGUGUUCGACAGCCGCCGCAAAUAGGCAUGCGCUCAACCGGUGGAAAAUCGUUCCUGCAAUGCUCAAGGACUGUACUAACCGAAAUGUCGAAACAACGAUCUUUGGAGAGAAAUUCCAAGCGCCUAUUUUCGUUGCGCCUGUAGGUGUACAGGGCAUCUUGCAUGCAGACGGAGAACUCGCAACUGCAAGGGCUGCCGCUGCCUGCGGGAUCCCUUACAUCAUGAGUUCGGCAUCAUCCCGGUCAAUGGAGGAUAUCGCAAAAGCAAACGGGCCAAAUGGUCAACGGUGGUAUCAACUCUACUGGCCUCGCUCGGACGAGAUAACAAUAUCCCUUCUCAAGCGUGCCAAAGCUGCAGGUUUCUCUGCACUCGUGAUCACGCUCGACACCAUGCUUUUGGGUUGGCGUCCACACGACCUCGACACUGCCUACAUACCCUUCUUGUACGGGGUCGGCAUCCAGGUUGGGUUGUCCGACCCCGUGUUCAUGAAGCGCUUUGGGUACGAACCUGUGCACGAGACCACCAAGUUCCCUUUCGAGCCAGAGAAGAUCAGAGACGCGGCGUUGAACGCAGGUGAUGCGAAUGCCAAGAAGGCAAUGAAACUGGGCAAAGAAUGGCUCGGAGAAACCAACUCAGGCUUAUUCAGGUCCUGGGAAGAUCUACAAUUUAUCAAGGAUCACUGGGACGGACCUAUCAUUCUGAAGGGAAUUCAGCGGGUGUCGGAUGCGGAGAAAGCUAUUAAUAUGGGCAUCCACGGGAUCAUUGUGUCCAACCACGGUGGACGACAGGUGGACGGUGCCAUUGGCUCCUUGGAUGCAUUAGCCAAGAUCAUGCGCUCGCCGAAGGUCCUCGAUGCGCAGACGAAAGGUAACUUAACGGUCCUCUUCGACUCUGGUAUUCGCACAGGCAGUGAUGUCAUCAAGGCAAUGGCAAUGGGUGCCCAGGGUGUCCUCAUCGCUCGUCCAUUCAUGUACGGUCUUGCCAUUGCCGGCCAAGCAGGAGUCGAGCAGAUUUUGAUGCAAACCGUGGCUGAUAUGCAUCUCACGAUGGGUCUCUGCGGGUACAGUGAUGUUAAUGACAUCAUUGGGAAGCAUAUCGAACUUCUCGAACCCGUGGAUGAUUGA